GUUGCAUGAUGCAUUUUGUCACUACUGCACGACUGGUAUUUUUGUGUGUUGUGUUCUCUGAGUCUAUCCUGCCUUAUUGGACUUGACUUUCUGUGAUUCCCAGAAGAUGGUACUGAACAAGCUGCAUGUGACACCAGAGUUCACAAUACUAGUGUUCCUCCUCUGCAUCCUGCCAUUUAACGUGGUUUCUGACGUUCUACACUGGUAUUAAUAACCUUAUGAUUUAAAGUUAGCAUUGCUCACAUCCUGUCUACUAUUAUCAGCAUCAAGCCAUCUUCCACAUCCUUUUGAAUUGUCAGUCCAUCAAGAACAUCAGUGAAAGCAGUAUCGGUCUGCGAAGCUGACUCUCCAAGAGAUCUUAGACAACAUGUCACAGGAGGAGAAAGAUCAAGGAAAGCCUUUCUUAAGAAGCUAUGGAGAUAUCUGAAUCCCGCUAAAGUCAUCAACUUUUAUCUACCAAGGGACACUGCUGGAAGAUUUGUGAACAUGGAUCCAACCGUCUCAUCCCACAACACAGCAUCUAUGCCAACAAAUGAAACUGACCAGCCUGGGAAUCAAGAUUGUAGUCCAAUCCUGGCCCUGAACUUCCUGGCCAUCAUUAUUGCCCUGGUUGGACUGGUAGGAAACACCAUCGUACUCUGGCUCCUGGGAUUCCACAUACGCAAAAAAGUCAUCUCCAUCUACAUCUUCAACCUGGUUCUUGCGGACUCCUUCUUCCUCUGCUGCCACUUUAUUGACUCACUCCUACGGGUCAUUGAUUUCUAUGGCUUCUAUGCCCACAAAGUAAGCAAAUCAAUCUUAGGCAAUGCAGCGAUCAUUCCCUAUAUCGCAGGCCUGAGCAUACUCAGUGCUAUUAGCACAGAGCGCUGCCUGUCUGUGUUGUGGCCCAUAUGGUAUCACUGCCACCGCCCAGAAAACAUGUCAGUUGUCAUAUGUGCCCUAAUCUGGGCCCUGUCCUUUCUGAUGGGCAUCCUU